AUGAACUCGCCCGUGGACCCCGGCGCCAGGCAAGCGCUGAGGAAGAAGCCGCUGGAGCGGACGCCCGAGGAUUUAAAUACUAUUUAUUCUUAUCUUCAUGGAAUGGAAAUAUUAUCAAAUCUCAGGGAACAUCAGCUUAGAUUAAUGUCUGCAAGAGCACGCUAUGAGAGAUACAGUGGCAAUCAAAUUCUCUUUUGUUCAGAAACAAUUGCCAGAUGUUGGUAUAUCCUUCUUUCUGGAUCUGUACUUGUGAAAGACUCCAUGGUCUUACCUCCUUGCAGUUUUGGUAAGCAGUUUGGAGGAAAAAGAGGAUGUGAUUGUCUUGUAUUAGAGCCUUCAGAAAUGAUUGUGGUGGAGAAUUCUAAAGAUAAUGAAGAUAAUAUUCUACAAAGAGAAGUUCCUGCCAGGCAGUCUCGACGAAGGUUUCGAAAAAUUAAUUAUAAAGGAGAACGCCAAACUAUAACUGAUGAUGUGGACAUUAAUAGCUAUCUUUCUCUUCCAGCUGAUCUUACCAAGAUGCAUCUCACAGACAGCCCUCAUCCACAGGUGACUCACGUGUCUUCUAGUCAGUCUGGCUGUAGCAUUGCCAGUGAUUCUGGAAGCAGCAGUUUAUCUGAUAUUUAUCAGGCUACAGAGAGUGAGGUAGGAGAUGUAGAUUUAACGCGCCUUCCAGAAGGACCUGUUGAUUCUGAGGAUGAAGAGGAGGAAGAAGAAGAGAUUGAUCGAACAGAUCCAUUGCAGGGACGAGAUCUUGUUCGAGAAUGUCUUGAAAAAGAACCUGCAGACAAAACCGAUGAUGACAUCGAGCAGUUACUUGAAUUUAUGCACCAGCUCCCUGCCUUUGCAAACAUGACCAUGUCAGUAAGGAGAGAGCUCUGCUCGGUGAUGAUUUUUGAAGUGGUGGAGCAAGCUGGAGCAGUCAUUCUUGAAGAUGGGCAAGAGCUUGACUCAUGGUAUGUUAUUUUGAACGGCACUGUAGAAAUUAGUCAUCCAGAUGGAAAAGUUGAAAAUCUCUUUAUGGGAAAUAGUUUUGGAAUUGCUCCCACUCUGGAUAAGCAGUACAUGCAUGGAAUUGUUAGGACUAAAGUAGAUGAUUGUCAGUUUGUCUGCAUAGCCCAGCGGGAUUAUUGGAGAAUUUUAAAUCAUGUAGAAAAAAAUACCCAUAAAGUUGAGGAAGAGGGAGAAAUUGUUAUGGUACAUGAGCAUCGGGAGUUAGACCGGAGUGGAACCAGGAAAGGACACAUUGUAAUCAAGGCAACACCUGAGCGUCUCAUCAUGCAUUUAAUAGAAGAACAUUCUAUUGUGGACCCAACUUACAUAGAAGAUUUUCUAUUAACUUAUAGGACAUUCCUUGAAAGUCCUUUGGAUGUUGGAAUCAAGCUACUAGAAUGGUUUAAGAUUGACAGUUUAAGAGAUAAGGUGACGCGGAUUGUAUUAUUGUGGGUAAAUAAUCAUUUUAAUGAUUUUGAAGGUGAUCCUGCUAUGACUCAGUUUCUAGAAGAAUUUGAAAAAAAUCUGGAAGAUACAAAAAUGAAUGGUCAUCUCCGGCUGUUGAACAUUGCCUGUGCUGCAAAGGCUAAGUGGAGACAGGUUGUGCUGCAGAAGGCUUCCCGGGAGUCACCUCUGCAUUUCAGCCUCACUGGAGGAAGUGAAAAAGGAUUUGGUAUUUUCGUUGAAGGAGUAGAACCUGGUAGCAAAGCUGCCGAUGCAGGACUGAAGCGUGGUGACCAGAUAAUGGAAGUAAAUGGACAAAAUUUUGAGAAUAUUACGUUCGUGAAGGCUCUUGAAAUUUUGCGGAAUAAUACUCAUCUGGCACUUACUGUGAAGACCAACAUUUUUGUGUUCAAAGAGUUGCUCAGUAGGACCGAACAAGAGAAAUCUGGUGUCCCUCAUAUUCCCAAAAUUGCUGAAAAAAAAAGUAAUCGUCAUUCAAUCCAAGAUGUACCAGGAGAUCUUGAACAGACAUCACAGGAGAAAGGACAUAAGAAAGUUAAAGCAAAUACUGUUUCAGGUGGAAGAAACAAAAUCAGGAAGAUUUUGGAUAAAACCCGGUUUAGUAUCUUACCUCCAAAACUAUUUAGCGAUGGAGGCCUGAGCCAGUCACAGGAUGACAGCAUUGUGGGGACGAGACAUUGUAGACACAGCCUGGCUAUAAUGCCUAUUCCUGGGACACUCUCAUCCAGCAGCCCUGAUCUUCUACAGCCGACCACCAGCAUGUUGGACUUUUCCAACCCUUCAGAUAUUCCUGAUCAAGUUAUAAGAGUUUUCAAAGCAGAUCAACAAAGUUGCUACAUUAUCAUCAGUAAAGAUACCACAGCUAAAGAAGUAGUUUGUCAUGCUGUCCAUGAAUUUGGCCUGACUGGCGCAUCUGACACGUACUCUCUCUGUGAAGUCUCUGUUACUCCUGAGGGUGUCAUAAAGCAAAGAAGACUUCCAGACCAGUUCUCCAAACUAGCUGAUCGAAUUCAACUCAGUGGAAGGUACUAUCUAAAAAAUAACAUGGAAACAGAAACCUUGUGCUCAGAUGAAGACGCGCAGGAACUGGUGAAGGAGAGCCAGCUGUCCAUGCUGCAGCUCAGUACCAUCGAGCUGGCCGCCCAGCUGUCCAUGAGGGACUUUGACUUAUUUCGUAAUAUUGAGCCUACUGAGUACAUUGAUGACAUUUUUAAGUUGGACUCAAAAACGGGAAAUACUCACUUGAAGGAGUUUGAGGACAUUGUUAACCAAGAGACAUUCUGGGUUGCCUCAGAGAUUUUAACAGAAUCAAAUCAGCUCAAACGAAUGAAAAUCAUUAAGCAUUUUAUUAAGAUUGCACUUCAUUGUCGAGAAUGUAAGAAUUUCAAUUCCAUGUUUGCAAUUAUAAGUGGCUUGAACCUGGCACCUGUAGCACGGCUCAGAGGUACCUGGGAAAAGUUACCAAGCAAAUAUGAGAAACAUCUCCAAGACCUGCAAGACCUUUUUGAUCCAUCUAGAAACAUGGCAAAAUACAGAAAUAUUCUUAGUAGUCAAAGCAUGCAGCCUCCAAUUAUUCCACUCUUCCCUGUUGUCAAGAAAGACAUGACAUUUCUUCAUGAAGGAAAUGACUCCAAAGUAGAUGGUUUAGUAAACUUUGAGAAGCUACGAAUGAUUUCCAAGGAAAUCCGUCAAGUUGUUCGAAUGACUUCUGCCAACAUGGACCCAGCUAUGAUGUUCCGACAGAGGAAGAAGAGGUGGCGGAGUCUGGGGUCCCUGAGUCAAGGCAGCACAAAUUCAAACAUGUUGGAUGUUCAGGGAGGUGCUCACAAGAAAAGAGCUCGUCGCAGCUCUCUGCUUAAUGCCAAGAAGCUGUAUGAGGAUGCCCAGAUGGCGAGGAAGGUGAAGCAGUACCUGUGCAGUCUGGAUGUGGAGACGGAUGAGGAGAAGUUCCAGAUUAUGUCGCUGCAGUGGGAGCCUGCCUAUGGUACCUUGACCAAGAAUUUAAAUGAGAAAAAAUCAGCCAAAUCAUCUGAAAUGUCUCCGGUACCUACAAGGUCAGCGAACCAGACAACGAAAGCCCACUUGCAUCAGCCCCACAGAGUGAGCCAGGUGCUUCAGGUGCCAGCUGUUAAUCUGCACCCCCUGAGGAAGAAGGGCCAGGCGAGAGACCCCGCCCUGAAUACAAGUUUGCCUCAGAAAGUUUUAGGACCAACAGAGGAAAUAAGUGGUAAGAAACAUACAGAAGACACGAUUUCUGUGGCGUCGUCUGUACAUUCUAGUCCUCCAGCGUCUCCUCAGGGUUCCCCUCGCAAAGGUUACACACUUACACCAUCAGCUAGAUCUGACAACUUGUCCGACUCCAGCCAUAGCGAGAUUUCCUCUCGGUCCAGCAUCGUGAGCAACUGCUCUGCUGACUCCAUGUCUGCAGCUCUGCAGGAUGAGCGCUGUUCCUCCCAGACCGUGGGAGUCCCUGAGUCCACUGGGACAUUCGAAAAGGUGGAGCACCCCUCGGGGAUAGGAGACCACGGUCAUCUUGGACCUGGGUGGACACUUUCGAAGCCAUCUCUAAUCAAGGGUUUAGCUGUCUCGUCUUCUAUGAGCAAUGAAGAGAUUUCUCAUGAGCAUAUUGUUAUAGAAGCAGCUGACAGUGGUCGAGGAAGUUGGACUUCCUGCUCAAGCAGCUCCCAUGACAACUUCCAAAGCCUUCCAAACCCAAAAAGCUGGGACUUUCUGAACUCUUACAGACAUACACAUUUGGAUGACUCCAUUGCUGAAGUUGAAUCCACUGACUGUGAGCCCUAUUCCUGUCCGAAAGGUUGCUCUAGAACUUGUGGGCAGUGUAAAGGAAACCUAGAGACCGGUCAUUUGAGACAGAGUUGGGCCUCCUCCAGUUCUCUGUCUGACACUUACGAACCAAACUACGGGACAGUUAAAAGGAGGGUUUUGGAGGCUACCCCCGCAGAGUCAUCAGAUGGCUUGGACCCACUUUAUAAAACAGUCACUUCAAGUACAGAAAAGGGCUUGAUUGUGUACUGUGUCACCUCACCCAAGAAGGAUGGUAGGUAUAGGGAGCCACCUCCUACUCCUCCAGGAUAUGUGGGAAUUUCUUUAGCCGACCUAAAGGAAGGACCCCACCUGCACCUAAAACCUCCAGAGUAUAGUGUGGCCGUGCAGAGGUCAAAGAUGGUGCACAACAGCCUCUCUAGACUGCCAGCCGCCUGUCUCAGUGGCAGCCCCGUGGCCUGUGUCUCAUCGAAGAUUGUAACUCGGCCUCAGAGGCAUAAUGUGCAGGCAUCCCAUCCUAAACUAGCAGAUGUGACUGAUCCAGAUAGCGAAGCAGAUGAAAAUGAACAGGUGUCAGCAGUCUAGCCUUUGUGACGCAUUUGAUGAUCCCUGCACGUCAAGGGGAGUGGACGGACCUGUGAUUCUGCU